UAUUCAUUGGAUUUAUAAGAGUUUGCUUCGAUGGAAACACGUCCUUUACUUUGGAGAGGUUUUCAAACAUCAAAACAAAGUGUUUUGGCAGCUUUAGAGGAUGGACUGGACUCAAAAAACUGCAUUUUAUCAUCGAUGUUGAAAUUCUGCUCAGAAUACAUGGAAACAUUCUCUCAUGUGAUGGACGAGUAAGGCCAUCCACACACAGGGAUGAGUGCCACUCUGCCACCUCGAUGGGAGGCGGAAUCUUCCAGGAUGAAGCUCCUAUUUCACUGUGCAGGAGGCUCCAAUGGAAAUGCUUUCCCAAUUUCCUCGUCCUCAUCCUCCUGUGCAGACUUGUCAUCCCCUGAGUCACCACGUAGUCAAAGCUGCCUAACAAUCGGUCAGAUUGAAAGCCCAGAUGACUGUGAGAUCGUGGAGCUCACACUGACCACAGCUAUGAGAGAAAACAACCAAAUGACUGGUGAUAUGAUUUCAGAAUGGGUGAAACAAGAUGAGACCAUGACUGGGAAAAUACAAUUUGAUGAGUUUUCUGAGAGCCUAGAGAACUCUGUGUCCAUCUACCUGGAGGCAAAUCAAUACUGUACAGAAAGCUGGGACAGCUUUGACAGCAGCAAUCGAACUGACAUCCAUGAUUUUGCAAGCACAACAAACAGCUCCACUCCAGGUGCAGAUGCUACAGAAAUUCCUGCUGCUGGUGAUGAGGAUGAUGAGGAGGCUUUGUUUCUGUCCAUCAGCUCUGAUGUUGUACUUGGGACUGGAAUGGACCUUAUGAAUCAACUGGCUCUCGGUAGCACUGAGGGUUGGUCGUCCGUUGACGAGGCAGUGUCUGACCUCAGAUCUGAAGAACCAACAGAGCUGUGCAUUUCAGAGGACCAACGUGAAAGAAUCCAAGCACCAUCAAACACAAUGUACCUGAAAUUCAGCCACUUUGCAUACUUUGAAUUCAGCCAGCCAGUUAGAGCCUCAACUUCGCGGGGGAGGACCACAUCUCCCAAUGCUACCAAAAGCACUGUAUUAGAGCGAGAGAAAGUGUCAAAAUUUGACCUCAAGAAUGGAAAAGCGAAAGUUGAAUCAACACACUCUCCAACCAAAGCCAUCAGCCCGAAAAAAUGCAUCACUCCUAUUGGGAUGAGAGCCAGGUCCAGGAAGGACAGAAUGAUGACGUCAGACCAGACAAAAACACACUUGAGUCAACCCAUUGGUGGAAAGAACUCGAAGGUCAAGAACAGCCGCACAACACCAGUGGACGCUUUUGCCCGACCAAAGCAAAGGAGUGACACAGUCAGUGGUAAAUUGGCAGUUGUGACAGGCCAGGAAUUCUGCUUAGAUCCAGCCACACAAACAGGGCUGACAGAAAAUCACGGGGCUAAUGAAGAAUUAAAACAUCCUGAAGGAGCUACUGUUGGGGAAUCCAGAGAGAACCCACAGAAAGUCUCAUCCAAACUGGGGCCUGGUUCAAGGAACUAUGGGAGAAGUCUCAAGGCGGAGAGAGAAUCAUCUCUGUUUCCAAGUGCACCGAAAGGACCUCCAGGACAAGGUAGCGCUGGGCCCAAACAGAACCGUCCAGAUGUGUGCACAUCUGUGAAGGAGGAAAAUGCAUCUACUCCUGCAAGGAAGCCCAGUGCAAGUCUGGGAGUUCCUAAAGCUUCACCAUCUUCUUUGGCUGUCCUUGAUCUCACCGCCGCCAAACCUUCAGCCAACCAGCACACAGCAGCCUUACGAAGUGAUUCACAACUUCCUCACACCCUUUUAUCUAAACUUCCUGUCAAGGGGCUUGCCAGUGGAAGUGAGCUCACCAGUGUCACAGUCAAAGGUAGUGGUGGAGCACCAACAGGAUUAAAAAUCAAUGAACGUGGGAGUAAAAGCAGCCUCCCUGGGAGCAGUGGGAACACGCCUGCCUCGUCCUCCACCAGCACCAGUGUUCGCAGUGACACUGCAAAACCUCCUGCUAUGAGAAACAGAACACAGUCACUGCAAGCCCGAACCAUGACUUCAGGAUUGAAGAGUCCUUCCGUCAAUAAUCACAAUGUGAUUAAGCAGUCAUCUGUUCAUCCUGCAAAGGUCUCUUCUUCUACAACACCCAAAAGCUUGCCACUGCAGAGAAGUGGUUCAGCACGACUCAGUCGACUGAACAACACAGUGGACAAAAACAAGUCCCGGGACAUUAAGGGAAGGUCAACAACAAGCAAUGCUCUGGUACCACCUGCUGCUGGAGGAAACCAUCACAGUCCUGUGUUAGAUCAGGUCGUAACAGAUGUGGCCACACCUGCUACCAAUUCUGACAACAGAGCUCGUUGUCUCAGGCAAAAGGCGAAAACCUCUUUGCGAACCAGUCCAGAAAGAGGAUUAUGCCUGCAGAAUAUAUCCAAUCUGGGCACACCUACUCUUACAGACCAGAACAUAAUGGCUAAACCGACCUGGAGCAAGGCCGAGGCGGAGAAAAAGAAUCAAGCUGUCAGCCAGCUGAAGCGGCUGCUGGUCCAGGGCAACAAGAGAGUGGAGGCCCUUGCUACAGUGAUACAGCAUCUUUUUACUGAGCAUGAGGAGGCGCUUAAGCAGAAGAAGGAGUUGUCUCUGCAGCUGAUCAACCUCCGGGAUGAGCUGGUGGCCUCGUCCCGGUGCUGUGAGCGGCUGCACAAGGAGAAGGAGGAGGUGCAGGUCAGUUUGGAGGAGACGCUGAGGAGACUGCAGGAGCAGCACAAGGAGGAGCUGGUGCAGUUGGAGAACAGGUUGAGGGACUUCUACCAGGCAGAAUGGGACAAGGUCCAUGAGACAUAUCAGGAGGAAGCUGACAAGUGUCGUGCAAUCAUGGAAAAACAGGUGGAUGUACUGAGGAGCCAGCAUAUAGCUGAGAUCCAGAGUCAGAUGGAGGCUCACAGCCAAAGGAUGGAGGGUCUGCAGCAGCAGCACAAGACAUCACUGCAGGAGCUGAAUGUGAUUCACCAGAAGGAGCUGGAGAACCUGCAGAAGUCUCUCAUGGAAACAGAAGCGUCACUUUCUGAGCAGCUUGCUGAGCUGUCAGCAGAGAAGAAGUCGUUGUUGGACAGGCUUCGGGAAGAGGAGGAGCAGAAGAGGAUACUUGCUGACAGGAAUCUGAAGGAUUCCCACACCAUGUACUUGGAGCAAGAGCUGGAGAGUCUGAAGGUCGUGCUGGAUAUGAAGAACAAUCAGCUGCACCAGAAGGAGAAGAGGCUGCAGGAGAUGGACAGACUGGUGGAGACUAAUGUCAAACUGGAGGAGUGUUUAAAGAAGGUGCAACAGGAGAAUGAGGACUACAAGGCCCGGAUGGACAAACAUGCUGCUUUGUCAAAGCAGCUGUCAAGUGAGCAAGCCAAACUUCAGCAAACACUGCAGAUGGAGUCAAAGGUCAACAAGCGUCUGUCCAUGGAGAAUGAAGAGCUACUUUGGAAACUGCACAAUGGCGACUUGUUAGCAAGUCCCCGUCGACUCUCUCCCACAUCACCUUUUGCCUCCCCACGGAACUCUGCCUCCUUCCACACCACAGCCCCUGUGUCCCCCAGAUAACCUCUGUCAGACUCCAGACAACCAGCCUUCAUCUCUUGCCCACUGACAAGGAGCGUAGUGAGAGCCUGGAGAUUAAGCUGAGAUCCUCUGCAUGGCAUUGUCCCAGGAUAAUCACAUUCCUCAGCUGGAUGGAGGAACACCUCAGGGUCUACGAAUAACAGUUCGUCCCUCAUCAGUGUUUGCGAUGAUGUACAGUCUUAGUGUCCACUUGAACAACUCCAAAGAGAGCAGGAGACUGAAUCACAGCUUACUUCACUGGUCUCAUCUGUGGAUUUCUUUUUGUCCCAAAGAGCGAAGCUCAAUCAGGUCAGUGAUGGAUGGAUUCUCACAUGGAGUGAAAUACUGACACUUUGAACCUUUGCUCCCGAGUUCACAAGGUGUGAGCCCCCUCUCUACUUGGUGGAAUGUAUCAUCCCUGGAUGUCAAUACACACGCGCACACACAUCGUGUUUUUGUGUUUUGUGUGGACCUCUCAUUGCCAUAACAUUCCCCCCAGUCUCUCAACCUAAACCUCCAAAACAAAUGGCAAACCUUAACCAGGACUCUGUACCAAACCUAUAUUCACUUAGAACGUCUCCAUUAUUUUUUAAGUUUUAAUCCUCAAACUGAUUAAUCCUCAAACUGAGACUUGACAUCUGGCGAUGGGAAAAUGUCGCUAAAAAAUAGAUAAGGUCACCACAAGUCGGUGUGUGUCCAAGAAUCGGUCCCCACAAGUACAGCUAUACAAGGACUUCUCACACACACAUGCACAUGCACGCACACUGUCGUUUGGCUUACAGAAGGCUAGACAUUCGGUACUAAUUCUUCUUUGUUUGAACCUUUAUGAGGACUAAUCCUUCAGAAAGCAAUAUGGCAAUGAGAAACCUCACAAUGUCCCCACAAAUAUAGGAAUACAAACAUGUGUGUCUGUGAGUGUGUGUCGGUCUGUUCAUGAGUAAAUGUCUUUUGUUUUGUUGUUUAUUUCUAUAUCUCUUUUUUCUGUUGCCAAGGUCAAUCUGAAUUACCAAUUUCAAAGUGCAGCUUUAGUCUCCCGAUGUGAAACACAGACAAGACCCUCUGUCACUGGCAGUCUUUGUUCAACAUAUUUGCCAGUGACAACAGUUAGAUUUCUUACCCCAAAACACACACAUUGCGAUGUUGAAAAUUCAUGUGUGCUUGAUCCUGCUAAAUGUGCACGUCAUGACGUUCUUUGUUUAAUUUGGUCCCUGACAUUGCACAGACUGUUCAAGGACACAAUUCCAGUUUUUUUUAGAUCAGAUCAUCCAGACCUCAU